CGGCGGGCGGCGGGCGGCACCUCCUCAGUGGCAUGUGGCUUGUGCUGAGGGCGAGUACGCUCCUGGAUCGACGCCAUGGAUCUGAACCCGCUGAGCCCGACAACGUCCAAGUGCGGCCCGGGUGGCGGCUAUGUGCCCCCGUCGCGCACGCACGAGUACAAGAAGCUGAUGAAGCCGCUGAUGGAGCGCAAGCGGCGGGCGCGUAUGAACCUCUGCAUCGAGGAGAUCCGGGACCUGAUAUCGGGUCAGCUGGGCGGUCCCGGGCCGCGCGCACCCCGCGACGAUGACCUCGUGUCACGCAUGGACAAGGCGGAGGUGCUGGAGCUGGCUGUCAAGCACAUCCACAAACAGCUGAUGUCCAGUCGCCGCCCGGACCCGUACACUGAGGUCAAGAUGUUCCACCAGGGCUACAUGUCAGCCCGGGCCAUCGUCAACGACUACCUGCAGACGCACCAGGAGAUGGACGGGGCCGUGCUUCACCGGCUCAACUCACACCUGGACCGACUUGUGUCCGUGCCGGCGGCCGCCCCACUGGCGGCGCCCCUG